AGAGUAGACGCGCGCCUGCGAGCGAACGGCCGUGUUCUGAGGAGAGCAGCGGCCGUGUGACCCUCCAUAAUGUUGUGUCGGGCGGCGUGCAGCACGGGCAGGAGGCUGGGCCCGGUGGCCGGUGCCGCGGGCUCCCGGCACAAGCACAGCCUCCCAGACCUGCCUUAUGACUAUGGCGCGCUGGAGCCGCACAUCAACGCGCAGAUCAUGCAGCUGCACCACAGCAAGCACCACGCGGCCUACGUGAACAAUCUAAACGCCACCGAGGAGAAGUACCACGAGGCUCUGGCCAAGGGAGAUGUUACAACUCAUGAACUGAAGUUCAAUGGUGGGGGACAUAUCAAUCACACCAUUUUCUGGACAAACCUGAGCCCUAAGGGUGGUGGAGAACCCAAAGGAGAGUUGCUGGAGGCUAUCAAGCGUGACUUUGGGUCUUUUGAGAAGUUUAAGGACAAGCUGACAGCCGUGUCUGUGGGAGUCCAAGGUUCAGGCUGGGGCUGGCUUGGCUUCAAUAAGGAGCAAGGUCGCUUACAGAUUGCUGCCUGCUCUAAUCAGGACCCAUUGCAAGGAACUACAGGCCUUAUUCCGCUGCUGGGGAUUGACGUGUGGGAGCACGCUUACUACCUUCAGUAUAAAAACGUCAGACCUGACUAUCUGAAAGCUAUUUGGAAUGUAAUCAACUGGGAGAAUGUUACUGAAAGAUACACAGCUUGCAAGAAGUGAAGCCUCACUCACGGCCACAUUGAGUGUGCCAGGCUCCUGGCUGGUUUAUAGUAGUGUAGAGCAUUGCAGCACUGUGACUGAGCUGCUGCAGUCUUUAUUGAAGUCUUUCCACAUACCUGAUAAUUCUAUGAUAAUUUCUUAUUUUAAUUAAAUCUGUUCUUAGGCAACUGUUUGAGAACAGCGCAUACUCUGUGUGAAUUGCUCUUGAUUGCACAUUUUNGUUAGAGCCUUGAAUUGCUUGGAUGCUAUAGCUGUCAUUAUAAGACCAUCAGAAAUAUCNCAUUUCUGUUUUGGNGGGGGCCUGUGGGAGAGUCUGUAAUCUUGUUCUACUGCAGUUAGAAAAAAAGUUGAGUUGUUCCCCCUGCCCCCUGAGUUGUUGAAUAGUGAAAUAGAGAACCAAACAGUUCUCUUUUCUAUUAAAAAUUGCUAUUUUUUGUAAGUAAUCCUC